AUGCACCGCUCUCUUAUUAGCGAUGGAUCCUCGCCGGAAUUGGCAGCAUGGAAACGUCGCGAUGAUCAUUUCUAUUAUCAUCAGAUGUACGAUCGAUACAUCCAUCGCUUUUACGAGGUCAUUCCCACAUGGAAGGUGAAGAAUGCGCCGCAGGCAGUGCUUGAUGCGCUGCGUGAAAAGUAUUCCUUUAUUGUCGCGGAGGUUGGCAUCGCAGCCGAUUUGUGCGAUGCGCUGCGCGGAUGUGCCGUUUGCCGAGAAUGGGCACCCACUGCCGAAUCUGUACGCUGUGCUACGUGCCGCAAGUUUUUUCACAUGCGCUGCUUAAACCCCCCUUUGCAAUCGAAGCCCGCAAAAGGCUAUAGCUGGACAUGCGCGACGUGCGCCAAACAGCAUGACCAGAUCGUCCAAGAACAAGGCGUCGGCGGCGGUGGUUUGGAUGCCGAUCUAUCUACAGCCGUCCGUGGAUCACGCGCUCAAGUCGUCAACAUGCCGCGGCGCCCGAACAAAUCGCGUCUUUUUGGCGAUGUGGCGCAGCCUGCAGACGACAUGCUUUAUCGCACGCCGAUGGAUCGCCUUGGUCUGCGCUGCUUCCAAGGCUGGCCGUACCGGUACUUUGGCGAGUACUCCUCUGCCACCGAUUUUCUGAAUCAACACGACUCAAUCUACCCUCGUGCGGUCACGCGCUGCGGCGCCAAGUACCAAAUGAACGUGCUUCUAUGGGAAGAACAAGUGGACGCAAAUAGGAGCCAUGCACAAGCAAUUGAGCAUUCCAUGGGUAAUUUUGCAGGGCAAACCAACAAGGCUACAGGAAAACCAAAAAAAAAAGCGGGCGCAGCAAAGCGAAAAAAAGGAGAAAGCGAUACGGAAAAAGAGGAGUACGAGAAAGAUGAAGAUGCUUUGUAUGCGCGGGGCUCGGACGAAACGGUCACGACCAUUUUUACUCCCUCCCCCAUAAUCUCUUCAGAUGCAUUAGACGAGUAUAUGGCGAGUGUAAAGGCGCCAAAGUCGUCUAUUCCGCGAUACCACCAUGCGUUCAUCGACAGAGCGCUCAUGCUGCUGUGCGCGAAUGACUAUGAUGUUGCAGCGGCGAAAAAUCAAUAUAUGCAAAGCCGCGACAGCGACUUUGCCUAUGUGCACUUCAGUCCCAGCGAAAUCGCCACCAUGAGCAAAACAAUGAAGGACCACAACGCGGAUAUGCACUUUUUAAAAGCCGCGCUUCCUGGCAAGAGUCCAGGAGAGAUUGUGCAAAUGGUAUACUACUUACAGACGAAGAAACUGGGCAAGCGUUGGAGUGCAGUAGAGAAUGGCGAAGUCGAUGCUACGUUUGAAAGCACGCCUGCUGCCCAGCAGCGCGAGCUCCGCGCAGCCUCACCCUCCAACUCUAUCUUGGGUGAAGGUGAGCUGCAGGAAAUCUACGAGCUGAAUCCUGCAGUGAAGCUGCAAUGCACCUUUUGCUCCACGACCGCAAGCCCAUUUUGGUACAAGGUAUUCUUUAAUUGGACUUCCCGUGCACUCUGUGUAUAUUGCGGCGAAUUCUGGCGAAAGUAUGCUGCAGAACCAGUGCCCAUGUUUAUCACAGAGGCCAAACGACAGUCUGCACUGGAGCAUGGCGGCGAAGAAAAUGGGCUUGGUGUUGUGCUCCCGCCCAAUGUACCCACGGACAUGACACCUUUUACUCCCCAACAGUCCAUCUCCUCGCAUACAGGGCCUACUUCGGGGCCAGCGACAGAGUUUGGGAAAUGCGUGAUGUGCAAACGUUUGGAUCCAAAAAAGCGCCUGAACAACUGCAUCCAGUGCGGAAUGGUUGCACACCAAGGCUGUAUUGGCUUUACGGACGAAGACUUGGAAAAUACAAACUGGCGAUGCGAUUUAUGUGAGAAUGACCAAGAUCCAAACUAUUCCGCGAUACCCCAUUGUGUGUUGUGUGACGAAGCAGGUACCGACCGGACGAUGCCAGAAGGUCGAAUGCGUCGAGCCGAGGCAGAAUUUGAUGUGCUGGGCCCCAUGACCAAUACGCUCACCGCACUGGAUGUGUACAAGCGGACAGAGUCCAGCAACUGGGCGCAUCUCAUUUGUGCUACGUGGGUCCCUGAAGUGUUGUGCGGCAAUGCAGACACAAUGCAUCCUAUCGAAGGCGCCGGGAAUCUUCCCCUUUGGCGGUACGAGACCCCAUGCUCCAUCUGCCAUGAAGUGCGAGGUGCCGUAGUCACUUGCUCUGAGCCUGGCUGCCGCGUAUCCUUCCACGUUUCAUGCGCAUUCCUAAUGCAGCCAGCGUAUACAUUCGCAUUUGAAAUCUUUCCGGUAAAAACGUCGCGUCGUGUCACGGUACCGACGGUGACUUUCAAGACGGAGACUGGCCACAUGGUCCCCCAAAUAUGGUGCAAAGAACAUCGCAGUUCGGCUAAAACGAAGAUUAUUUACGACUAUUACGAAACCGACGCCAAGCUUGGGCUGACCGCAUUGCAAAUCCAUGCCCGAACAAACAAGCAAGUAAGCAGCGCAUCUCACCGCAACUCGGCAGUGGUGGAAUCAACACAUGCACUGCUACGCCAUGCAAGGCGGAUGGAUGCAGUGCUGCAGAAUGUUGGUGGAGCUGGAUCUUUUGUCAAAGACGGCACCUUAAUACCCAUGCUCGGAGAGCAAAAGAUGGACUGGACAGUGGAAGCCAAGCCAGAGCCCAUGUCUCACUGCAAGUUUGAGCACCCUCGUCACGGUUCGCUUGGCUUCUUGCCGCGCAAGCGUUCCGCGAGCCACCGCGGCCGCUGCAAGUCGUUCCCCAAGGACGACCCCAAGAAGCCCGUUCACCUCACCGCCUUUAUGGGCUACAAGGCGGGUAUGACUCACAUCGUUCGUGAUCUUGACCGUCCGGGCUCGAAGCUUCACAAGCGUGAGGUUGUCGAAGCCACCACGAUCAUCGAGACGCCCCCCAUGGUGGUUGUCGGUGUCGUUGGCUACGUCGAGACCCCCCGCGGUCUCCGCUCCCUCACGACUGUCUGGGCGGAGCAUCUCUCUGACGAGCUCAAGCGUCGCUUUUACAAGAACUGGUACCGCAGCAAGAAGAAGGCGUUCACCAAGUACGCCAAGAAGCACUCGGAGAACAACGGCCAGUCUAUUGCCCGUGAGCUCGAGCGUAUUCGCAAGUACUGCACUGUCGUGCGUGUCCUUGCCCACACCCAGCUCCGUAACACGAGCCUGAAGCAGAAGAAGGCUCACCUCAUGGAAAUCCAGGUCAAUGGCGGCUCUGUCGCCGACAAGGUUGAGUUUGCUCAGGGCCUUUUUGAGAAGACAGUUGAUGCCGGCUCCCUCUUCUCCCAGGAUGAGAACGUGGAUGUGAUUGGUGUGACCAAGGGUAAGGGUUACGAGGGUGUCACCCACCGUUGGGGCACCAAGAAGCUCCCUCGCAAGACUCACAAGGGUCUCCGCAAGGUUGGCUGUAUCGGCGCUUGGCACCCUGCGAACGUCAUGUUCACUGUUGCUCGUUCUGGUCAGGACGGCUACCAUCACCGUACGGAGCUCAACAAGAAGAUCUACCGUAUCGGCAAUGGCACCGACGAGUCGUCCGGCACGACCGAUUUCGACACUACCAAAAAGGUUAUUACCCCUAUGGGUGGCUUCCCUCACUAUGGUGUGAUUAAGAAUGACUUUAUCAUGAUCAAGGGCUGUUGCCCUGGUGUGAAGAAGCGUGUUCUCACCAUCCGUAAGUCGCACCAGAUCCACACCUCGCGCCGUGACCUUGAGAAGGUCAACCUCAAGUUUAUCGACACCUCCUCCAAGUUUGGCCACGGUAACUUCCAGACUGCGGCUGAGCGUGAGGCGUUUGAGGGCCCUAAGAAGGCCCCGGUCGUGUACUACUAA